UUCAAUUUCUUUUUCUAACCCAAAAUUUACUUCACUUUCUAAUCUAAUCCAGCCACAUUUUAUAUUAUCAGUUAAUCAGAAGUGUGAAAUACACUGUGACAGGCUUACAGCACUUUAUCAGACUUCUAUCAUUUUUCUGGUUAAAUGGCAGCUGAACUAGUUAACGUGAAUGAGUUCCAAAUUAUGGCUAAGCAAGUCCUGCCAAAAAUGUACUAUGACUUCUAUGCUGGAGGAGCAGAGGACCAGUAUACCCUGAAAGAGAAUGUGGAAGCUUUUCAAAAAAUCUUGUUUCGGCCUAGAGUUCUUAUGGAUGUUAGCAGAAUAGAAUUGUCCACUACUGUAUUCGGUCACGCUAUCUCAGCACCUAUAAUGAUAGCUCCAACCUCUAUGCAUAAGCUUGCACACCCUGAAGGAGAAAUUGCUACUGCAAGAGCAGCAGCUGCAUGUAACACCAUAAUGGUUUUAUCCGUCUCCGCCACCUGCAGUCUGGAGGAGGUUGCCGCCAGCUGCAAUGCUGUUCAGUUCUUUCAAUUAUAUGUGUAUAAGAGACGCAGUAUAGCUGUUAACUUAGUGCAGAGAGCUGAAAGGAAUGGAUACAAAGCUAUUGUCGUAACAGCUGAUACUCCAAGACUUGGUCGAAGAGAAGCAGACAUAAAGAAUAAAAUGAUUGUACCUCAGCUGAAGAAUCUGGAGGGUCUCUUAUCAACUGAAGUUAAAUAUGACAAGGGUUCAAGCUUAGAAGCUUAUGCCAAUGAAUCCUUUGAUGCUUCUUUAUGUUGGAAGGAUAUAGGAUGGUUAAAAUCUAUUACAAACUUGCCAAUUGUGGUCAAGGGGAUAUUAACUCGUGAUGAUGCCAUCAAGGCCAUGGAAGUAGGUGUUGAGGGAAUUAUUGUCUCCAAUCAUGGAGCUCGCCAGCUGGAUUAUACUCCUGCCACUAUUUCUGCUCUGGAAGAGGUUGUUGAUGCUGUUAGAGGGAAAGUUCCAGUUCUUCUUGAUGGAGGAAUACGUCGGGGAACAGAUGUUUUCAAGGCAUUGGCACUUGGUGCACAGGGAGUCUUUGUUGGAAGGCCUGUUAUCUAUGGGCUGGCCGUGAAAGGAGAACAUGGAGUGAGACAGGUGAUUGAAAUGCUAAAGAAUGAGCUUGAGCUCACCAUGGCCCUUUCUGGCUGUCCUAGCCUGAAAGAUAUUAGCAGGAGCCAUGUAAGGACCGAGUGUGAGAGGCUCCAAUCGAUGCUCUAAUGCUGCCACAAAGUGUUAGAUAAAUCCAGGAUGGACGAUUCUGAUAAUCAUUUGUGCAUCAAAUAGUUGGUUUCAAGCAUUGUUAAAACUGCAUUCAACUAGGACUAGCAGUAUGUAUGCUAUGCUUUUGUUGUUGAUGGCCCUGAAGCACCCUCUGUUAGUGACCAAGAGAAUGGGAAAUAUCAAUAACAAUAAUCUCGAUUUGGGUUUGCUGUUA